CUCUAUCUGCCUCUUUAAAACCUAUUCAUUUCUUACAAAAAACAAAUAAAAAAGAUCCAUAUUAUUAUGAUCAAAACUUCAUCAUGAAAUCAAUUCUUGCUCUCAUCUUUUUGAUCCUUUUUUUAAACUCAGUUACUUCAUGGAAAAAAGAAGAAUUUAGAAAUUGCAAUCAAACCCCUUUUUGCAAAAGAGCUAGAUCAAGAAAACCACAACAUUGUAAACUCAUAAUCAAUGACGUAAGCAUCAUUAAUGGUGAUCUAAUUGCCAAAUUAACAAACCCCAUUCAAAACCAAGAACACCCAGAUCAAGAUUUUGAGUCAAAGCAGUUAACUUUAUCAUUAUCUGUCUAUCAAGAUGGGAUUUUGAGGCUUAAAAUUGAUGAAGAUUUGGAUGAAAAUCAAAACCCACCAAAGAAAAGGUAUCAAGUGGCUGAUGUUAUUGUUUCUGAGUUUGAAAGUAAAAAACUUUGGUUAAAAAGAUUUACUUCAGAGGUACUUAAUGAUGAUUUGUUGCAAUCUUAUGUUGUUGAUUUGUUUGAUGGGUAUGAAUUUGUUGUUAGAAGUGACCCUUUUGAGGUUUUUGUUAGGGAACAAAAUAGUGGUAAAAAGGUUAUGUCUUUUAACUCUCAUGGGUUGUUUGAUUUUGAAACAUUAAGGGUUAAGAAAGAAGGGGAUGAUUGGGAAGAAAGGUUUAGGAGUCAUACGGAUAGUAGACCGUACGGUCCUCAGUCGAUUAGUUUUGAUGUGUCCUUUUAUGGUGCUGAUUUUGUUUAUGGGAUCCCUGAACAUGCUACUAGUCUUGCUUUGAAACCUACUAAUGGACCUGGUGUCGAAGAGUCUGAACCAUAUAGGUUGUUUAACUUAGAUGUGUUUGAGUAUUUACACGAGUCACCGUUUGGGCUUUAUGGGUCAAUACCGUUUAUGUUAUCACACGGUAGUGAACGUGGGACGUCAGGGUUUUUUUGGUUGAAUGCUGCAGAAAUGCAGAUUGAUGUUCUUGGGUCAGGUUGGGAUGCUGAGUCUGCGAUCAAGUUGCCUUCGGAUCAGAAGAGGAUUGAUACGUUGUGGAUGAGUGAAGCUGGGAUUGUUGAUGCGUUCUUUUUUAUCGGGCCUAAACCAAAAGAUGUUGUUAAGCAGUAUGCUAGUGUUACUGGAACGUCGGCAAUGCCUCAGUUGUUUUCUACGGGUUAUCAUCAAUGUAGAUGGAAUUAUAGGGAUGAAGAGGAUGUCAAGAAUGUAGAUUCGAAAUUCGAUGAACAUGAUAUUCCAUAUGAUGUUUUAUGGCUGGAUAUUGAGCAUACCGAUGGGAAAAGGUAUUUUACAUGGGAUAAGGUUCUUUUCCCAAACCCUGAAGAAAUGCAAAAGGAUCUGGCUUCGAGGGGUAGGAAAAUGGUUACUAUCGUGGAUCCGCAUAUAAAGAGAGAUGACAAUUAUCAUAUACAUAAGGAGGCUUCAGCGAACGGUUACUAUGUGAAGGAUGCAAGUGGAAGGGAUUAUGAUGGUUGGUGUUGGCCUGGAUCCUCUUCGUAUAUAGAUAUGGUAAACCCGGAGAUAAGAUCAUGGUGGGCUGAUAAAUUUGCAUAUACAGAGUAUGUUGGGUCAACCCCAUCUUUAUACAUAUGGAAUGACAUGAACGAGCCUUCCGUAUUCAACGGGCCUGAGGUGACCAUGCCUCGAGAUGCUUUACAUUAUGGUAAUGUUGAGCACCGAGAGUUGCAUAAUGCGUAUGGCUACUACUUCCACAUGGCUACAUCUGAUGGCCUUCUGAAACGAGAAGGAGGAACAGAUAGGCCUUUUGUUCUGUCCCGAGCAUUUUUCCCAGGUACCCAAAGGUAUGGGACAGUUUGGACGGGAGAUAAUACAGCAGAAUGGGAGCAGCUUCGUGUUUCCGUUCCAAUGAUUUUGACACUUGGCAUUACUGGGAUAACAUUCGCUGGUGCUGAUGUUGGUGGGUUCUUUGGGAAUCCUGACACCGAGUUACUUGUUCGCUGGUACCAAGUCGCUGCUUACUUGCCAUUCUUCAGGGGCCAUGCCCAUCAUGAUACCAAGAGACGGGAACCAUGGCUAUUUGGGGAACGUAAUACUGAGGUGAUGAGGGAUGCCAUACGCGUGCGGUACACAUUGCUUCCGUAUUUCUACACAUUAUUUCGAGAGGCAAAUGUUACUGGAGUCCCAGUUGCCCGGCCCCUAUGGAUGGAGUUUCCCAAUGAUGAAGCGACUUUUAACAACGAUGAGGCUUUCAUGGUUGGAAAUGGUCUUCUAGUGCAAGGAGUUUAUACCGAGCGUGCAAAAGAUGUAACGGUUUACCUUCCAAGGGAUCAUACUUGGUAUGACCUUAGAACCGGUACAGCAUAUAAAGGAGGGAAGACACAAAAGAUGGCGGUAACAGACGCAGAUAUACCCGUUUUUCAAAGGUCGGGAACUAUUAUUCCAAGGAAAGAUCGGUUUCGUAGAAGUACAGUACAAAUGGAGAACGAUCCUUACACACUGGUUAUUGCUGUGGAUAGUUCAGGAGCAGCUGAAGGUGAACUAUACAUAGAUGAUGGCAAGAGCUACGAGUUCAAGCAUGGUGCUUACAUCCAUCGCCGUUUUGUAUUCUCAGAUGGCAAACUUACAUCUAUCAACCUAGCCCCUUCAACAUCUCUAGGCUCUAAAUUCUUGUCUGAUUGCACCAUCGAGAGAAUCAUACUGUUAGGCCACUCAUCCAAACCUAAGAGUGCCCGUAUUGAGCCAUCAAACCACGUUACUGAUAUUGAACUAGGUCCCCUCCAGAUUCGUUCCGGGGUUAGGUCAUCGGUUUUGACCAUCCGCAAGCCUAAUGUCCGUGUUUCAGAAGAUUGGACCAUACAAAUUUUGUAGGUUGUCAUGGUGGAAUAUUGGUGAUUGUCAAGAGAACCGGGUGGUAAUGUGGAAACGGUUGGCUACCUGAGUGAAUGUAGAGGUGGCUUAGUCACCAAAAAACUGAGUAUGGACUUUUGUAGCAAUUGAGAAAUGGCCCACAUGAGCUAGGAUUGUCAAAAUGAAGAUCAUGUAAUAGCUUAGAAAAGUUUUAUUGUUCUUGUGGUUCCUUUUGGCCACCUUUGAAUAGAUACUUUUUAUAUCAACUAUAUAGUGUGGAAUGCCUUUGUUUGGGGCAUUUACGUUUCUUCC